AUGGAGAAAGGAGCCGAGCUCUGCUUUCCACAUCUCUUCAACAAUUCCUGCAUCAAGCCGACACUUCACUGGUCCAAAGCCGUGCUCCUGAACAUUGUGCUGUCGUGCAUCUCUUUGAUCACUGCUGGUCUCAAUCUUCUUGUUAUCAUCUCAGUCUCCCAUUUCAGGCAGCUCCACACACCCAGUAACAUCCUCCUCCUCUCUCUGGCUGUGUCAGACUUUCUUGUUGGUCUCCUGUUAAUUCCAGCUGAGAUUUUUAGAAUCACAGUUUGCUGGGUAUUUGCUUUCUACAGCACUCUUUGCACAAAGAAUAUCCUGAUUGAACCAGGCAGGUAUAAUUCCUGUUAUGGAGAGUGUGUGUUUAUCACCAGUGAUAUUGCUGGCAUAAUUGACCUUGUUUUAUCUUUUAUCGUACCAGUUUCCAUCAUCAUAGUUCUAUAUAUGAGAGUAUUUGUGGUGGCUGUGUCUCAGGCUCGUGCCAUGCACUCUCAUGUUACAGCUACACUUCAGCAAGACAAAGUCAGUGAUUCAUCUGCCUCUAUUGUGGUCAUCGUCUAUUAUUUUAACUCUUGUCUAAACCCACUAAUUUAUGCCCUGUUUUACCCUUGGUUUAGAAAUGCUGUUAAAGUCAUCAUCACUUUUCAGAUAUUCAAGCAUGACAGCAGUGAGGUCAACGUAAUAUAG